AACGUCACGUACAAAAUGUGAAAUUUCAGUAUUUCUGUGUAAAGUCAAAGCGCGCUUUGUUCCAAUUAUUUUUAGGUUAUUUUUAUAUAAAUUUUACAUAAAACAUUAAAAAGAUGUCGUCGGUUAAGACCUCGGAAUUCGCGGCCGAUAAUUCAUCGGAAGUUAAUAUAGCAUUGAUGAUGCUACGAAAACCGACUGAUUUGAAAAAAGUUAUAGAAUCAGUACCCAAGCCUGUUAGUGCAGUCCCCAAAAAUGGUUUGCCGAUGUGGUUCCGACUGGGGCUCGAGUCCAAACUACCCAUGCCGAAAAUGCCGCUCGGAAAAGUUGUGUUUUCGCGCGGGAAAAUCGGUGAAGAUGUCCGUCGCCUCGGGUUGGGUAGUGACGCGCCUCACCCGACCUUCGACCUUUCGGAUCCCAACUGCUACACUGUGUCCUACGAUUACGUGCCGAUGCACGAUCCGCACCUGGCGCACCAUUUUGCACAGAAGCCAGCAAGGAAUAGAAUGAAACAGCUCGGCUUCUGCACAAAAGACGGCCGCGCGGUUUGCUCGCUUAAAGAAUUCAAUCAGUACAGAAAGUAUCUCUACAACCGCUUCAUGGAUAGAAUACAUAUGGAAAUGAAGAAGCUGGAUGAACGAGCUCGCGAUGAUCUAACGCUGAAGCGUGUUGAGGCUGACGUGGCGCGGCGGCAGCAAGCCUUCACUAAGGCGGAGCGCGCACGGGAACAUCUCGAACGCAUCGCGCAGGAGCACGCUGACGAGUGGGCGGAGAAGAGAAGGCUAGCUAAAGAACAAGAAAAGAAGAUCAAAAAAAGGAUGAAGUAUCUAGCUGAAUUCAACGAGAAGCAACGUAAAGAGAGAGCGGCGCGUGCGCACGAGAAACAGAACAGAAUCAAACAGAGGGUGCAGGCUGCAGCAGAACUGGAGCUGAGGAGAAAGAUCACUAUGGUGCGGCAGUGGCGGACCAACGAGAGGCAAAGGUUGUUCAGGCUUAAGCAGGAGCGAGAAGCUAAAACGAAGCGGUUAGAAGACGAGGCAAAUAGAAAAUGGGCGGAUCGAAUUAACGCGCAAAAUUCUAAAAUUCAAGAAGAAUCCUUACUUCUUAAAAUCUACACCGAAGAUAUGAAAGCUGGAGCCAUGAGGAGAGCCAAGAAAGCGGAAGUUUACGCAUACAACACCGACUUAGAGCUGCAGCGUAUCAGAUUAGCAAACUGGAAGUUACUGCAUGGCGGAGACGUGAAGGCAGCCAAACUUGUUAAGAAGAUGGGCGUUGAGUUUGAAAAGUCAAAGCGCGGAGCUAAAGGCAUGAGUCCAGAGUUAGCACAAUCGCUAGCGAUAGAAGCGAUGACAAGCGCGGUGUCGACGCAGGGAGACCCGCUCGUGACUUUAGGACAAGCUCGUACUAUGAUGGAUGUCGCCACUGUCCUACCAUCGCCACCAUUGAAGCUACUGGAAGAAGUGAUAGAGUCAGUUGUGAUGGAGUUUACAAGACAGCGCGUACAUGUGAUGCUGCGAGGAGUGGAGAAUUUGGUGCACACGAAAGCGGCCAACAUAUUCUUCUCAAACAUUCGUCCGUCUGGGAAGAAACAAUUCGUGCCGAAGAAGCCUCGCUGGGCAGUGCAAGUCGCAGCUCAGAUGGCAACUGUCCAGUCAGCCGGCCAUCGCCACACCUCCCUGGACUUUGGCAACGUGGAAACCAUUUCCAAUGAUUUCGAGGCAGAAGUAGAGAUGAAGAGUAUUAAAGAUCGACCACCAACGCCUGUCCCAUCAAAAACGAAAUUAGCAGAAGUGACAUUCUUAGAUAGAUUAGAAGAUCUACCGAAUCCGGUCUCUGUGCCAAGCUUCUUACCUGAAAGAAGAAAGAUUCUUGAGAUGAUCAACAUUGGAGCCAAGUUAUUGACUCGGUCUGUUAGUCAGAAAGUUACUAAAGGCAUGGACGUUACACUCGGCAAGGUUACACUGCCUCGACUAAGACAAGCCAUGGAAUGGGGUGAGGCAGUGGAAGGGAUGACGGAGGCUGUGGUGGACAACCGCGUGCACGUGGACGCUGUGGAGGUGCGCCACACCUCCGAGUACCUCGCAAGUCGCGUACUCAGAACAUUAAAUGCUGAGAUGAAGGAGGAGAAGAAGAAGAUCAGUACACAGUCUGAAGGUGACUUCUACGUUCCAGAGAAAGUGAAGCAAAAUUGAUAGUAUAUUCAUCGGUCAAAGUCUUUGGAAGUCCUAGAACUUUAUUAUAGGUAAUUUAAGUUUUAUGACGAUGUUAUUCGACUAAAUUGAAAAAUCAAAUUUUAGAUUAAAAACGAGAUCUUAGAUUUAACUUUAUGAUUUAUGUUUCAAGUUUGAUAUUUUUUACUUUACAUCUUCGUUAUGUUUUCAUGAAAUAAAAAAUCACAGGAAAUUUAACGGAUGU